CCUGCCUCACACCCACACAUCUACCCGCCUUCAACACAUACACCUUCAUGCGUUCCUUUAAUCGUACGCAUGUGUGCAUCUCGUUUUGGCAAAUAUGGCGCAUCCUCCAUUCAGGAGCUGUCAUUCGUGUUUUCUGAAUAAAACUUUCACACACGUGUAUGCGUUUGUGUGUGUAUGGUGCUGUAUAGAGUGAACGACGUGCAACGUGCUUAUCGAAAACAGCAGUAGAGCAGUGGCCGCCGAGAAAACAUCUACCGAAAAGGUAAACCACGGUAUUUCACGUGAUCCGCGUGUGCGUGUGUGGAAAUAUGUGGUAAUAGGGUGUGAAGAAUUUAUCACGCGUGUGUUGUGUAUCACUUUCGGCUAUUUGAUGCGUGCGUGCGAAUGUGUAACCGGGGGAAGAAAAAAAAAACCGGAUAUCUUUAGGACCCAUAUCCCGACCAUAACACUGUUGUGAGUCCUUAAUUUCCCACCCGCUAUUGUUGAUGUGUCCUAUUAGAUGUAUCAGGCCUGUUCGCACACGUUUGUACGAGAUGUUUGAGCUGUUCCGGUGCUGGGGACGGCUUCUGACAGCGGGAGCAAACUGAAUGUUUGUGUUGUUUUUAUGGUAGGCUCGCAGUGAGAUCCAAUAACCAACAGAAUCUCAAAGACUGCUGUAAAAGUGUGAAUAGUGUUAGAAUGAUCGUUUACGGCUAAAUAGUGCGCAAAGCUUCGUGUUAGAACACUGAACAAUGGACACACACAAGCGUGAACGAAGCAAACCAACAAAAGCGUCUGGACGGACCGUCACCUCCACAGUGAACGCUAUCCAAAGCAGCUCACUUUCAACAGUAACACACUCACUACCUGUAACGCCGGAACGGCGAAUGGCAGCCAUGCAGCAUAGUAGCAGCCCGGUCGCGCGUAUUGCCGUCGCCGGUUCCGAGACGCUCGGCAGUGCGACCAACGUUAAGCGUAAGGUACCAAGGCUGGCCGGCAAACGGCAACCGGGCAAACCGUUUUCGGUGAAUCUGGGAGCGACAACCAGCAAGCAAACCUGCAGCCGAACGUACCUUGGUCGUACUGCGCUUCCGACGGCUGUUGGUGGAGGUACAGCAGCCGGGCGGCUGAAUCGUCAUGGCGGUGUGCCACCGAUCGUGCUCACCUCUGCCACAACGAACAGCGAUAACUCCAACGAUUCUGGGCUCGGGUUCGAUCGUAGUGGUAGCGGCUCGAAGCUGGACAAACACCAUCAAAUAACGGACGGGUACGGUACAACACCGGACAGCUAUCAACCAUCGUCCAUUGUUCAAUAUAGCCCGGCCGGAAUGCUUGAUGGCCAGCAACAGCAGCCAACAGGUAGCAGUGGGAUGGUGUCCACAUCGGCGUCUCCACUGUCUCAGUCUCUAUCACCCGCGACGGGUUCGCCCUCCUCACCGUCAUCAAUUCCAUCACCAGUAACGCUUGCCACGGCCACACUGGCGAACUGCACCGGUCGGCAAGCUGGCACGGGCGGUGCACCACGAACCAGCAGCAAUCGAGCAUCGUCCAACGCACCCGGACCGGGACCAUUUCGUCCGGCGGCCGGUAACGAUGGAAGCUGCGUACCGACCGGUACGCCAACACUCACCAGCUCGCGGGAUGGGAAGAUACAGCUGCAGAUUGUAACGCAACCGGAACAGCAGCAUCGGGCCCGCUAUCAGACCGAAGGGUCCCGCGGUGCGGUUAAAGAUCGUAGCGGAAAUGGAUUCCCGGUGGUGCGGCUUGUCGGCUACAACAAACCAACGGCACUGCAGGUGUACAUCGGUUCCGAUGUGGGACGGCCCUCGCCCCACAUCUUCUACCAGGCGUGCAAGGUGUCGGGCAAGAACUCGACUCCGUGCGUCGAGCGCAAUCUCAACGGUACGAAAUACAUCGAGAUACAGCUGAAGCCGGAAAACAACAUGACGGUGACGUGCGACUGCGUGGGCAUACUGAAGGAGCGCAAUGUGGACGUCGAGUACCGGUUUCCGGACCAGACAGCAUCACGCACAAAGAAAAAGUCCACACGGUGCCGGAUGGUGUUCCGCACCACCAUUGUCGGGGACGACGGUACGACGGAACUGUUACAGGUGCCAUCGCAGCAAAUCAUCUGCACGCAACCACCGGGCGUACCGGAGAUAUUGAAAAAAUCAUUAACGUCCUGCCCGGUGGAGGGCGGACUGGAGAUGUUUAUAAUCGGCAAAAACUUCCUCAAGGAUACGCGCGUUGUCUUCCAGCGUUCGAAGCAGGUACUAACGCACACGGGAUAUGCACGCACGGCUAUGCAGAAUACGACCGCCUGGGAGCAAUCAGUCAUCCCCGAUAAGGAGCAUUUGAAUCAGGUACAUCUCAUAUGUGUUGUGCCACCGUACGAACGGCAGGACAUUACCGAACCCGUCACAAUCAAAAUGUAUAUCGUUUCGAGUGGCAAAAAGAGCGAAACGCAUGACUUUGUCUACACACCGAAAGGUGACCAUACGACGCUCAGUGCGGCAACCGUAUCAGCACCAGCACGUCGCACCAGAAUCAAUACCGUCGGUCAACAACUGCAACGACAGCAACAGCUGCAACAACCCCAGCAACAAUCCCAACCGGCAACGCACAACUACAUUAGUGAGCUUGCUGCAGCCGCCAUUGGCAAUGGGUCCGGGAUGGAAAAUAGUACCACGGGCGCCAACGCGGACACUGCCCUAGCGGUUGCGAAUGCUAAUGCCGCGAUUAAUGCGAUUGCGGCCACGGUCGUCGCGUCGUCUGCCAUGGGCGAACUGCCGGGGCCGAAUGGAACUGCUGGACGUUUUGUCUGCAACGGAAAUCGUACCGAAGCAGUGUCACCGUUCGACGACUCGACUGUUUGCACCAAUCGGCCAAUGUUUUUGAGAACAUCCACAACGCUCGAAAUCGCUGCCAAGGGCAUGAUGCCGCCACCGAUCAAUCUGCUACAACCAAUCAGUGGAGCAAGUGCUGCCAGUAUUAUACAACCACAGUGCCAUUCGGGGCUUACGAUCGGCGGUGCCAACGAGCGGGCGUACGCGGUAUCGCUAUCCUCACCUCAACCGACGGACGUAUUCAAACCGGAACUGGUCGAACCAGAAUGUAGCCGCAGCGAUAUGGUUGAGGAGGACUCGCUGGAUCAGUUUCCUGCCUCGGCAGAAAAUUCACUGGACGGCAUCAUGUUUGGACCGGUGCCGAACGAAGCGAGCAUUUUGUACCGGCGGCGAAGCGUCCGGCAACCGAGCAUGGAAAUGGAGGACAGCUCGUCCAACAUGUCGCUGCUGGCCAACGAUAGUCGCAUGAUGGAUGCACCACCGGCGGGUGGAGCAAGUGGUGGAUCAGCUGGUGGCGGAGGAACUAGUAGUAGUGGCUCACUCUCGAUCGGUUCACACUUCGAUACGUUGCUAAACAUGGUAUCGAUCGCAUCGUACUGUGGAAAUGGUGGUAACGUAUCUAUUGCACCGAUGGAAACCAACUACAUGGGCAGUGAGUCGUUGGACGCAAACAAAACACCUCUGCCGCUGGAAACAGAGAUGAAGAAUGUGUUAAAGACCGAACCGCUAGCACAGUCGGACUCGCCAGUCAAUAUGCAGCUGAGUCAGUUGAUGGCGGUAUCAUGCAAUAAUGCUAUUGCUAAACAGAUUGAGGCUGAAUGUCUCCUACAACAGCAGCAGCAGCAGCAGCAGCAGCAACAACAACAACAACAACAACAACAGCAACAGCAACAACAGCAACAGCAACAACAACAACACCACCAACAACAGCAACAACACCAACAACAACAACACGUUCAACACCAACAGCAGCAACAGCAGCAACAACAACAGCAACAGCAGCAACAACAACAGCAGCAACAACAACAGCAAGCUACACUUUUAGAAUUAUCGAACCUUACAGUUCCGACUGAUGUUGCAACGGUGCAAAACAUAUUACAGCAGCAGGAUGUCCUGUUAGCCUCUGCCGGUGCGACUACUACAGCAGCCACAACAUUGCUACAGCAGCAGCAGCAUCAACAAGAACAACAUCUUCAUCAGCAACAACAGGAGCAACACCAUCAGCAGCAAUUGCAACAGCAGCAGCAACAACAACAACAGCAACAACAACUACAACAACAGAUUCAACAGCAACAGCAGCAGCAACAUCAACAGCAGCAGCAACAUCAACAGCAGCAGCAACAACAGCAGCAGCAGCAGCAGCAGCAACAUCAACUACAACAGCAGCAGCAACAGCAAUUACAGCAGCUCCAACAACAGCAACAGCAGCAACAACAACAGCAACAAAUGCAGCAGCAACAACUGCAACAGCAAGAACAGUUGCACCAUCAUCUGCAACAACUUCAACAGCAGCAACAGCAGCAACAGCAACAGAUACCAGCAGAAAAAAUGGACGUCGGUAUGGUUGCCAGUACGGUUGUUGGCCUGCUAAUGGACACCACCCAGCUAGUCCAGCAACCGAUGGAUACAUCUGCCCCAUUAUCCGCUGCCACCGUUAUGGGUGCGAUGGGUGUGCAGUUGGGCGGCGGCGGUGUGGUUGUCGGCCCCGGAACGGGUGAGCUACCGCCGGUAAGCAACGUCAGCUCGGUCGAGUCGCGACGUAUCGAGGUGCAGAGCAGCGAUGCCACAUCGAUUGCAAUGGAUUCGAUCGGGCUCAAUCCAGCACAGGUAUCGCUAGCGGAAGAAUCCCGCGUACUAGCGUCGGAAUUGACCGCGAUGUCCGAAACGGAGCUGAUGAACUACAUCUGUCCGAGUGCAUUCGAUUCCGUGUAAUGCUGAAAUGAGGCAAGCGAUGGCGAACAGAUGGAGCAGUAUACAACGGAAUGAUCUAUAGACAAGGUAGGGCGGGAAAGGGAAUGAGAAUUGGGCAUACAACAUUCUACUGAGCAGUCGAGCAUAUCUGUGAGUAUACAAGUGUGCUACAAGCACGCCACAAUCGUUGAUCGUUGCCUCGGACAUGCCCGUGCGUUUUAUGUGUUUUCUAGCGUUUGUUUGGUAAGCGCAACCUAGUUGCGAGACAGAAAAAAGAAGGAUUUUUUGAAAAUGACUACGGGAAAAAGUGGAAAACGGAAGAAAAGCGACAGAACGUGGUAGAUGUAUAAGUAAGCAAACCUAGUAGUUCCUACAGGCUUGGACGCGCGUCCAUGGUUAAGAUAAUUUUAUUCUGUUUUGUGUUAGAUUUUGUUUUGUAUCACCCGGGACUCAAGUCACCCGUUUGCCAUACUAAUUCUCUCAGUCAUGUUGUUACUAGGAAGCAGAAGAAGAAGAAGAAGAAGCAGACGGUAACAGUAUACACACUACGAUACGCACCGAUACAUUUGUUCGAUCGUGUGCACACACUCUUUAUACAGACGGUGGCUGCUAGCGUGAUAAGGCUAAACGAGUUAAGUACGUAGGUAAGGAAGGCAAGAAUUUAAUCGUGAAUCGUGAGUAUUUUUCGCUAUUAGAGUGAAACCAUAACAAUUAUCACUGUAGGUGUAUUUUAUUACUAGAACUGUUUUUACGCAACUCGUCAACUGGACACGUGCACCCUCACGAUACUAAUGCAUAACAUUUUAUACGUGUACGAUUUACUACUCUUCUUCUGGUCCUUUUUCUCUUCGGAUUUUCACGCUUUUUGCUGCGCACAAGUCUCCAUUCUUUGUGUGGCACAUUCAAUCAUUUCUCUCAUGCACACGCGUAUUGAAUCACUAAGACGUAAGACCGAAAUUCGAAAUUCAGAAGCGACGAGCAACGCAACAAUGUCAACGGCACUGACUCAUACAAUCUAUAUAAGAUAUAGCUGUAACACGAUGCAUUAUGGAACAAGAGAAUGGCCAAACCAAAGGGAGAUUUUGAUCCAGCUAGACGAAUCGGAAAAGCGAAAAUCGCGAAAGAGAAAGUGAGUGAGUGGGGAGAGAAAAGCAAAUCACUUAAAUUUAAUUCAACCCGAUAUAUGGCUGUUAAUUUUUGCUCGUUUGUUUGUUUCCUUAGUUUACCUGUAUUUAUAUUCCACGCACCGAGUGAAAGCGAAGUGCGAGGGAUGAUGCGUUACGGUAGAUAAGAAGGGGGGAAAAACUCAUACAUAAAUAAGUUUGUAACGCUGUGGUUUAUGUUUCUUGUGAUUAUACGUUGCCAAAAAAGCAAACACAGAAAAAAAAUACGAAAAUAACUACAAACAUGAAAUCAAAAACACUCCAUUCGCCUACAUAAUGAAAAAAGGACACAGCAAACCAAGAAUGAAAAAGAAUUGGAUUUUAACAAAAACGGUUGGACGAAACGAAACAAAAGAUACAAUUACUACGCACCGAGCAACGAAACAUACAUAUAUUCAUAUAUUUAGUGUAAAACGAAGAAACACAAAAAUGAUCAUACAAAACAAAAGGAAAGCAGACUGCCAUAAAUUCCCGUGUUUUAUAGCAUUAAGGCACAACGUAAGGCUCUAAGGAAUGGGGAUGAUUUCGAUGCGCACAGCGUUAACCCUAAAACCGUGCAUUGGCAUUGGUCGAUGCAGUCAACACUCACUACCGAGUACGUCCGAUACAGAUAGUUUUAGUUCCCUGCCAUUCAAUGUCCGGGUUUAAAGCGGAUUGCAGCUAACGAAAAGCAACAAUUUAACAGAAAAUGGAAGCAAGAGCUAGUAUAUUUACGCGUUACGCGGUCUAGGCAAACCGUUAAGCAUUAUUUACUAUCCCACUGUCACUGCAGAACUGGGGGUUUUAUCCUGGAUGGGAUGGGGACCCAGCGACUCCGGGGUUGUACACCCCCCCACUCCCCCCCCCCCCCCCAUCCGUUUUGUUACAUCUAACUGUGCAACGAACACUCGAAACUGACUGAGCUUGAGUUCCACGAACUUGAUAUCGAGUAGUGCGCAGAUUUAGUACAAACGCACUGUGGGUGGUAUUUUUGCAGUUUACAAAACAUUGGAAGGCUAUGAUGGAGUAGUUAUUGGAAAAGAGAGAGAGAGAGAGAGAGAGAGAGAGAGAGAAAAAAUGAGCGAGGACAAAGAGUCUUCACUAACGAGAACUUUAAAAAGCCAAACGAUUAUUCGAUAAUCGACCGUAAAUUUAUUGUUGUAGGUGAUACCGACCGAACGUCUACAAAGAACACAAAUCAAAACUAUGCUAAGUGUUUUGUUGUUUCCUCAUUGAUUAAAUUGAUAGGUUUUAUUUGUUUUGUUUUUUUUUUUUUCAAAAACGGAAAACGGAAAGCACAUUGGCAUGCACGUUUCAGUACGCAAUCACGCAAUUCCACCUGUUGGAAUGUUGUCCAAAGUUUGUUUUAACUUUUCUGUUGUUUUUUUUUAAAUAUAUAUGUAAAUGAUUAAGUAAAUAAUUAGAACGAAUGCAUCGAAAAAGGAGGGAGGGAAAGGGGGGAGGGGGGGGGUGGAAAGAUUCGGAUUAACGUUUGUACCUUCGGUUACCUUUUUGCAGUGAAGGGUUUUUGUUUAUACCGUCUCGAACACACAUUUCAAAAUCGCCGCAAAGCGUAAGGGCGUAUCACACGAGAGGAUCGAAUUUCGGAUCAUAUAUAUAUUUAAUACAAUACACUGUUACAAGAUAGUCGAUCAAUUUAGUCUUGUUUUUAUUUUUAUUAUUUUGUUUUUUUGUUCGAACUUUAUGAAAAGCUUGUCAGCAAGGGAAGAAAAGACACCGGAACACAAGGACAGGGUACUCUACAAGUGGAACUGACGUAACAAAUGUUUAUCACAUUGUCUGGAAACUCUAUAAAAAAAACCGUGGUUUAGGCAGUUUUUAACAAAAUUUAAUUACAAAGAAUGUAUUACACAAACGAAAUUUCAAAAGUACAACUACUGAUGCAUAAAUUACCAUACACUGUGCUAAAGAAGACUAUAUCGGUGUUGCAUGAGCCGAGGGUAAGGGAUGGGUUCCAAGGAUGGCCGAGGGUUUCAGCUACAAGGUUCCAGGAGAGUUGAUUUGAGCUGAAUCCGUGGGGUGAUGCAAGCUGCUCACACACAUUGGAGGAACAAUUAGUCUCUAAUAUUAGCCAUACUUAAAAAUGAGUCCGCAUUUGAUACGUUGUCAAACAUAGUCUCUCAAAAUCUCGUAAUCGUAACCUCAAGACGGAUUUCUUUUUUUGUUUCCAUUUAUUUAUAGAGACUUUGAACCUUGCAGGCACCUUUCGCCUCUUUACCCAAAACGGACAAUCAAAAACAAAAGGAUACACAAAAAAAAAGUCUUCUAAUUGUAUACAUUUAGGCGAAACACGAAUAGUCCAGUAGGUGAAAUAAUAGUUUUGGUUGUUUUUUUUAUUUGUAAUGCAUUAUCAAGAUUUUGUUUAAGGAUUACAGCUCCAUUCAGCCACUUGUCACACCACAAAAUGCAAAUGGCGCCCAAAGACUAGCUCUAGUUGCUCCAGGUGGAAGAGAAGUAAGCUAGUAAGCUCAGAUCCCCGAAAAACAAAACUGUAAAACACUACUGUGUGUCAUUUGUAGUCUGCAUCUUCUAGAAAACGUAUUAAAAACACUAUUCUUAUUGUUACUGUUCAUAAUAAAAAUUUAUUUUGUUUUGUGACUAUCUAACACAA